AUGUGUAUUUUUCCGUUUAUUUUAAGUCUAGUAUCAUCACUAUUAAUAAUAAGAGCUGCGGAGAAUUCUUGCAAAAGUAACCAGUGGCAGUGUCGAGAUGGAGCCUGUAUCUCAUUAGAGAACGUAUGUGAUGCAGCGAAUGAUUGUCCUGACGACAGCGAUGAGACUCUCCCAUUCUGCAGAAGGAUAACAUCAGGACCUUCGACUUCCUGCAUUCUUCCUCCGUACCCUGCUCACGGGACUUACGAAGUCGAGGAUCUUCCUGAUGCUCGUCCGGGUCAGUCACUGGCCUCCUUCGCACUCACGGUGCAGUGUCGGAAAGGAUAUGGCGUUAUGAAUCCCAACGGUGAUGGAAGUGGUAUUCAACAAGUGUACUGCGUCAAUGGUAAAUGGCACCAGGAUAUGCCUAAAUGUGUUCGAUUCUGCAAACUGGACCCAGACCCGAGUGUGCACUACAUGUGUUACUAUCCAGGGAAAGGCGUUGAAGUGUGCAAACACUAUGUCCCACCAGGAAUGUCAGUGGAGCCGGUUUGCAACCGUCCCAUCUAUUACUCCAAUGAAUUACUCCCGAAUAUGAGGUGCAUGUCUGGAGUUUGGAACUACAUAGCUUUGUGCAAAGCAGAGUGUGGCCGCGUCACUCCUGGAGGUCUUCAGCUGGCAAUAGGUGCAACUAAAGCCAAGCGUGGAGAACUCCCUUGGCAUGUGGGCAUCUAUCGAAAGACAACAAACCCAUAUACGCAGAUCUGCGGCGGGUCCCUUGUCUCCAAUAAUAUUGUAAUAUCAGCUGCUCACUGCUUUUGGAGGGAUGUAUUACUCCCUGCAGCUGACUUCGGAGUAGCAGGUGGUAAUAUAUACCGAUCUUGGGACAAUGAGGAAGACGUUGGAGCACAAAAAUCCGAUGUAAAAGAAAUAAAGAUCCCAAGUUUAUUUGAAGGAGAAUCAGCCAAUUUUCAAGAAGACAUUGCAGUUCUAACUCUAAUGACUCCGUUCAACUUCACGACGUACAUAAGACCCGUGUGUCUGGAUUUUGGAGUCUACUUUGAGAAGUUACAACUUCAACAUGGGAAAUUGGGGAAGGUGGCUGGUUGGGGUCUGACAGCAGCUCACGGCCAAGCUUCACACAUCCUUAGAGUACUUGAAAUGCCUUUUAUCAGUGUAGAGAUAUGUAUAAGUACUCUUCCAGAAACGUUCAGGGAAUACAUCACUGGGGACAAGUUCUGUGCUGGCUAUACCAAUGGUACAGCCCUUUGUCAAGGCGACAGUGGAGGUGGCCUAGCUUUCUCCGAGAGAGAAAGGGGCGUGGACCGAUACUACCUCCGAGGUAUCGUCUCUGCAGCACCCAAUGAUGAAGACAAAUUAUGCAAUGACAACGUAAAAGAAAUAAAGAUCCCAAGUUUAUUUGAAGGAGAAUCAGCCAAUUUUCAAGAAGAUAUUGCAGUUCUAACUCUAAUGACUCCGUUCAACUUCACGACGUACAUAAGACCCGUGUGUCUGGAUUUUGGAGUCUACUUUGACCAGUUACAACUUCAACAUGGGAAAUUGGGGAAGGUGGCUGGUUGGGGUCUGACAGCAGCUCACGGCCAAGCUUCACACAUCCUUAGAGUAGUUGAAAUGCCUUUCAUCAGUGUAGACAUAUGUAUAAGGACUCUUCCAGAAACGUUCAGGGAAUACAUCACUGGGGACAAGUUCUGUGCUGGCUAUACCAAUGGUACAGCCCUUUGUCAAGGCGACAGUGGAGGUGGCCUAGCUUUCUCCGAGAGAGAAAGGGGCGUGGACCGAUACUACCUCCGAGGCAUCGUCUCUGCAGCACCCAAUGAUGAAGACAAAUUAUGCAAUGACAACGUUUAUACCACGUUCACGAAAAUAACGAAGCACCAGGAGUUCAUUAAAGAAGCAUUUGCAGCAAGCGCCAGAAAGACGUGUCCGUUGUAUUCAUUUCAAUGUGAUGACGGAUCUUGUGUGGACCCAGGAGCGGACUGUAAUGGGAGACAAGAUUGUUCAGACGGGUCUGAUGAAUCUGAUGAGCUCUGCCGAGUUACACCCUCCACGGCUGCAAUAUUAUUUCCGCAGACGACGAAUCAAGCAGAAUUUAAUAAACCUGUACUAGGAUCGUUUCAGAAUCAGACGAUUUCUCCACACAAUAUGUACCAUCCUCAAGAUAAUUCUACGAAAGCUUCAAUACCAAUGUCUUUGGAAUCCCAUAACAUCUCAGAGAAUGAGUCUAGAUGUGAAGGAGGGAUUACUCUCCCCUGGCCAGUAGCCAUCUUUAAUACCACCAAAGGGGAUCUACAUUUUAUAUGCGGAGGUACACUUCUAUCUGAUAGGCAUCUUAUUACUGUUGCCCAUUGUGUAUUUAAGUACAAAGAAGUGAUUACCAAUCAAAUAGUGGUGAAGCUAGGAUUAGAGAAUUACGAAGAGAAAUACGAUGAAUAUCAAGUCGCCCGAAGUGCUGUUACGAGGAAAAUAAAUUCUAUGUCAGUGCCUGAAUCAUAUAAGAAUUCUUCACCUAAGGAUGAUAUUGCAAUACUUACGUUAAUAAAGAAGGUAGACUUUAACGGUCAUUAUGUAAAUGCGGCAUGCUUAUGGAAAGAAAACUCUGAGAGUACUGCAGCGUUUGGUAUUUAUUCAGGGUGGCAAAGCACAGGUUAUCAAGAAGUUCGGAGGAUGUUCACUGUCAACACAGCAAUAUGUCAAUCCCAUUCUUAUCAAAAUGUAAACCUAGAUAAAACUGUAUGUGUAGAAAGACUUAUUCCCUUGAAUACAGCCAGGGGAGGAUUGUUCAAACCAAUUGCAGAUCAGCCAAGUUAUUAUGACCGUGAUAAAAAGAUCCCCAUUUAUCAGCCGACACAAAAUCAAACGUUCAGCAAUCAACAGGAUCGCACGACUGAAACUCCAAAACCAAUCAUCACCCAAACUCAAGAGCGAGAUACAUUUCAAUCCAACAGCAGAUGUAAUGACACAGGUCAUGGUUAUACUAUAGGGGAUUUCCCUUGGCCUGUUGCUAUAUACACCAUUUUAAAGUCGACUUAUAUAUGCGGGGGUACUCUUAUAUCUAACAAACAUGUAAUCACCACUGCCCAUAGCCUACCAACAUCAGUAAACAAAAUUAUGGUGAAGUUAGGAUUGUACAACGCAAAGAAAAUAUCUGAUACAAUCGCUGUUACCAGAACAGUAAUCUCUACUUCAGUACAUCCGGAGUAUAAUGCCUUAUAUUCUGAGAAUGAUAUUGCGAUACUUAAGUUAAAUGAAACGGUUGAGUUCAAAGCAUAUAUAAGAGCAGCUUGCCUGUGGAACGGAUAUUCAGAAGUUACACGAGUUGUUGGCGACCGUGGAUAUUUUGUGGGAUGGAGUGGUGAUAUCGGAAGCCCAGAACGUUUACAAAUGUAUGUAGUGAAGCCGGAUGAUUGUAGAGUCAACAAUAGAACUCUGGAGAAAACACUUUGUACAAGAGAUUUUACGAGAGCUUUGAGCUCUGGAGGAGGUUUUUACUUGUCGAACGAGGGCAGUUGGAGGCUCCGUGGUGUAUACUCCUUAGAGUCGAAGUGCCUAGGUACAGAGCCAUCUUGCACACCUCAUUUGUUGUUUAUCGAUAUAGCGCUGUAUUUGCCGUGGAUCAACAGCGUGAUGUCUGAAAAGUUAUACAAACCACUUGUAGAUCAGACAACAUAUAAGGAACAAGAGAGAAAUAUCCCCAUUUAUCAGCUGACUCAAAAUCAAACGCUCAGUAAUCAACGUGAUCGCAAGACUAAAACUCUAAAACCAAUUAUCACCCAAACUCCAGAGCGAGAUACAUUUCAAUCCAACAGUAGAUGUAAUGACACAGGUCAUGGUUAUACUAUAGGGGAUUUCCCUUGGCCUGUUGCUAUAUACACCAUUUUAAAGUCGACUUAUAUUUGCGGGGGUACUCUUAUAUCCAACAAACAUGUAAUCACCACUGCCCAUAGCCUACCAACAUCAGUAAACAAAAUUAUGGUGAAGUUAGGAUUGUACAACGCAAAGAAAAUAUCUGAUACAAUCGCUGUUACCAGAACAGUAAUCUCUACUUCAGUACAUCCGGAGUAUAAUGCCUUAUAUUCUGAGAAUGAUAUUGCGAUACUUAAGUUAAAUGAAACGGUUGAGUUCAAAGCAUAUAUAAGAGCAGCUUGCCUGUGGAACGGAUAUUCAGAAGUUACACGAGUUGUUGGCGACCGUGGAUAUUUUGUGGGAUGGAGUGGUGAUAUCGGAAGCCCAGAACGUUUACAAAUGUAUGUAGUGAAGCCGGAUGAUUGUAGAGUCAACAAUAGAACUCUGGAGAAAACACUUUGUACAAGAGAUUUUACGAGAGCUUUGAGCUCUGGAGGAGGUUUUUACUUGUCGAACGAGGGCAGUUGGAGGCUCCGUGGUGUAUACUCCUUAGAGUCGAAGUGCCUAGGUACAGAGCCAUCUUGCACACCUCAUUCGUUGUUUAUCGAUAUAGCGCAGUAUUUGCCGUGGAUCAACAGCGUCAUGUCUGAAAACUUACUUUUUUUUUAA